AUGGUGGAUAGCAUAACCCGCCCACAUUUGAAGAGAAGAGCUACAUCUAAAUCCAUUAAUUAUAUAGAAGACGAUCCAGAUUCUGACUAUAUGACUGAUUCUGACAGGCAAAAUAAUAGCCCUGAGGAAUAUAUUGCUGAAACUCCAAAGAAAAGAAAAAGAUCGAAGGGUAUCCCCGAAUCUAAACCUAAUUCUGUUUCAAAUUCUAAUUAUAGUUCUAAUUCUGAUUCUAGUCAAGCUAUUGACGGGAGCAUUAAUGGUUCAUCCAACUCAAAUGGAUCGAAUAAAAAAUUUAAAUAUCAGAGCUUUUUACAGGAUAAGAAUACACAAUGGAAUUUAAUACCCUUAUUACCUCCAUCAUAUAGAAAGACUAGUAAAUUUUCAAAUGUAUUAGAUUUAGAUGAAGCAUUUGUCGACAUUAAAGCCCAAAUUGUUUAUAAUACAGAGGCUAUUCUUUUAGAAAGGGACGAAAGCAUAUAUAUGGUCUCUGAACCUCCAGGUGAACCUUAUUAUAUUGGUAGAAUUGUAGAAUUUUUACCUAAACCUGAAUUUACAAAUGAAAUAUUAGAAGCUAAAGGCAAAGUUACUAAAUUUCCGGCUAGAUUCUUUAAUGUCAAAAUGAACUGGUAUUAUAGACCUAGAGAUAUCAAGGAGGAUAUUACCACUUUUAAUUCUAGACAAGUUUAUGCUUCUUUACAUGAAGAUAUUUGUCCUAUUCAUUCGUAUAGAGGGAAAUGUACAGUAGUACACAAAGAUGAAUUAACAGAUGUGUUACCUAAUGAAAGAGAAGCAAUUAUGAGAUCAAAUGUCUUUUACUUUGAUUCUCUAUUUGACAGAUAUACACGUCAAUACUAUAAAGUAUAUGCUACUGGAAAGUUACUGAACAAUUUUUCUAGUAUACCCUCCUUUCUUUAUGCAUUAGAGAAAAAGUACAGAUAUGUUUUUGCUGAAGAAGAUUAUCCUUUUUUAAAAGUUUUGAAUAAAUAUGUUUUCAAAGAUUAUAAAAGUGACCCCAAGAAUAGUGAUCACUUCAGGGAUACUUGUGAUGAUACUAAUGCUCAUGAUAAUAAUGAGGAUAAUAAAUGUAGUAAAACUUGGGAUAAGAGAUGUCAUGAAUGUCAUGAAUGGUGUAUAUCUGAUAAUUCUUUAGAAUGUGAUGAUUGUGGUAGUACAAUUCAUUUGUAUUGUAUGGAUCCUCCUUUGUCUAAAAAAUUUAGGAAGAGUAUAGUAUGGAUUUGUUCAAUUUGUGUUAAAAAACAAUCUAAUUCACUUGAAGAUAAAAAUCUUUUAGAAAUGCAAUUACAAGAUCUGAAAAAUUUCAAUCAAAGUUGUAGGGACACUAUUGAUAAAAAAUCUGCUCAAUUUAUAAGUAAGUCGUUUGGUAAAGGAACUGAAAAAUUUUGGUUCCAAUAUGUUGGUUGUCAUAUGAUCUCAUAUUUAGUAGAUAUCUUCGAUGAUAAUGUAUAUCUUCCGUAUCCUUUUAAAUUAUCAAGAAUAGGAGAAAGGUAUCAAUGGAAUGGAUGUUAUAAAAGCCAGAUGGCCACUUUACCGGCAAAUAAAUCUAGUGAUAACGAAAACGAUAGCAGAAUUAGAGGAACGGAUGAUAGUGCAGAGUUGUUAUGGGUUAUGGAUAAAAGCAAGAUUUCGGAUACAGAUUUAGAUCAAUAUAUCGAAAAAUGUAAAAAUGACAUUGCUCCACUUGUAGAUUUGGAACCUACUAAUUGUAAUUUCCUCGAUUUUAUAACUAAAUCUCUAUUUGAUAACAAGUAUGAUAUAGAAAAGGCAUACCUUGAAUGUAUGAAAACUAUAUCAAGACCUAUUUUACAUGAACCAACUUUUACUGCAGAAGAUAUUAAAAGAUUUGAAGAUGCAGUUGGUAAACAUGGUAGUGAACUGAGACCAGUGUGGAAGAACGUUGGUACACAAUCGAUGCCAAUGAUCGUUCGAUUUUACUAUAAUUGGAAAAAGACAGAAAGAGGUAUGAAAGUUAGAGGUAAAAAGAAAGUGUUUAAUAAUAAGAAACCAAAUAGAUAUGAUCAUAUUGAAAAGGACGAUAAUAAUAUGACAGUUUUGAGAAAACCUUCAAGUAUGGAGACUGGUGUAGUUCCAAUGUUAAGCAAAAAUAACGAAAUAGAUGAUAUCGAAAUGCGUUAUAUGGAUGAUUCUUCAUUUGAUACAGACAAAGUAGCAUAUAUGGACAAAACUUUUCACUGUUUAUUCUGUAAUGUCGAUUAUUCACCUAUGUGGUACAAAGUUACUGGUGGUUCUGAUGAUAAGAAUAUUAAAAAGAGGAUCCAGGUGGGAGUAACCGAAAAGUGGUCUACUAAUAAGACGUUGAAAGUAGAUAAAAUUGGAGCAUUGUGUAUUAGAUGUGCACGUCUAUGGAGAAGAUAUGCUGUUGACUGGAUACAUCCACUUGAUGUUCUCAAAAGAAUGCAUGGAGGUUGUGUUUCAAGUUAUAAUAAUGCGUUAGGGAAAAUAUUAGAGGAGAAUAAUAUUAACAAACUCACAUUAUCUCCAGAACGUGCAAAAAUGAAAAAUUUGGAGUGGGAGUUAAUUCAAGAUGCAGAAUUAAUUAUUAGGCAAAGAUGGGAAAUUAUGAAAGAUUAUCGCAAAUUUCAACAUAUGAAAAGGCAAUCAAUGACCUUCCAUGGUAUUCUUACUAGAACUAUAAGAAGACCAUAUAAUAAAUAUCUCUAUACUCCAGAAAAGUUGCAUGCUGAUUUAACUUCUUUUAUAGCAGAAAGAUGUGAUCCAAAUUUUCGGAUCCCAGGCAUUGAAUUUUUUGGUAAUACCCCAGGACCUCAAUUGUCUACCAAAAAUAAUAAUGGGGAUAGCAAAGAUCAUGAUGCAGUACAGCAUCCAUUGAAUGAUGAUAAUAACCUGAAACAAAUUACCCAUGAAGUAAUAAAGAAAACAAUACGUCAAAAAAAUGAAAGGUCUGAUAUAGUAGUUACAUUUGACACGGAAGAUAUCAAAGGAUUCAAAAUUACUGUUGAUAAUAAAUUCAAGAGUGUGGGGUUAAAUGAUAAAAUUGUUGAUAUGCUUUUGGAUGAUUCUGAAAAUAUACCAGAACAAAUUAUAAAGCAGCUACGAAAGGAAUCAUCCUCGUUACCUGUUAAAAAUGAUCUUCUAAAUGUAUCAUUAAAUGAUUAUGAGAUCCCAGAUCAUUACACAAAGUUUAUUACAGAAAAAGAUACUUUUAAACAACUUGAAGGUUAUAAUAUUAUGGCUGCUUUACAAACAAAGGCAUAUCCUAAUUUAGUUACUGUUUUGCAAGACGCAGUCACUGGCUAUGUACCAAAAUGUGGAGUUUGUUCGGAGAUGGUAUCUAUCCCUUCAAAUAGUAUAACAUGUUCUAACUGUGGUAUUACCAGUCAUAAGUCAUGUUACGGUAAAUUAUUCAUUACUGCAGAGAAUACAGAUAGUUGGUUAUGUGAUGUUUGUUCUAAUAAGAAAAAUCCAAUAAUCUCGAUAGUGUAUAGAUGCUGUUUGUGCUAUGAAGGUUCAAGACAAUUAGAACGUAAUGUUAAUUUUAUCUCUUCACUAAAUUUGGUUUUGAAGCCAACUAGUGACGGUAGAUGGUGCCAUAUUACGUGCUCAUUAUUUAAUCCUAUUAUUAGAUAUGGAAAUCCAGAAAGUUUUGAACCAGCUAUUAAUAUUGAUAAGGCAGCUUGGGAAGGAUGUAAUCAUCAAUGCAGCAUAUGUAACCGUAAUGGUGGUGGUCUUGUCCAGUGUGACAAGUGUCUGGAAUAUUUCCACGCUUCAUGUGCUCUGUUAAAUAAAAACUUUAAGCUUUUAUUCAAGAAGGAAUUAUUAUUAGACACUUCAACACACCUAGAUCAAACUAUUAUACAUGAUCAAAAUGAUAACUCAAAAUACAUAUUGUCACCAGUAAUAAUUUGUAAGAAACACGAAGCCAUAGACACUAAUGAGGUAAAAUAUCUUGGUUUAACUUCAGAAAUUAAAAACGGUUACUUAAUUAGUAUGUUUAGUAAAAUUUUUAAGAGUGAAAGAACUAAGCAUUUCAUUUCUUCUAAAUUUAAUGAACUGAAGUUCAGUCUAAAAAACAUGGAGAAUUUAGAAUUAUCUGAUGAGCAUCAGAGUAAGCAAGAAAAUGUUUACAGGAUUAAAAAACAGAAAACGUGUAGAUAUUGCAAUAAGAGUGAUUCAAUCUUUUGGUAUGAACCAGAUUUGUGUCAUCGUUGUCAUGUACUUAGAGUUUCAGGUGAUGAGAAUGUAUUAGAAAGCAGCAAAAAAUCUGAAAUUAACACAUUACUUCAUAAUAUACCGGAUGAAGUUAAGGAUGACUUGUUAAAAGAUAUUGACUCAAGUGUAGUGCAUCUAAAAUGA